AUGAAACAUUGGUUAAUACCUCGCUGUGUCAUGCCCGAUUUUACGUGGCCAGACAACGUCCGGCCGGUCUCUAGCGAUCGAAUACCAUCGACUCCUCGGCCAACGCACCCACGGCUGCGUAAAUUUUGGGGGUUUUUCCACAGAUAUCUGAGACGCUUUUCUCGAUCUUAUUGCGACUGGGUCGGAAUAUCCUAUGAUAAUCAGAUUGCUCAGCUUCCAUUUGGAUUGAUCUUGAAAUGGUCCGAUGGUACUCGAAUCGAGGAAGUGUUGUCUAUGCAAGUUGCACGAAGAGCAGGUCUUCCAGUCCCAAGGGUAAUCUGCUAUGGCGAGCAUACUGACACACCCCAUGCGCCGGUCUCGAUUCUCAUGACUCGCGUGCCCGGUGAAGAAUUAGGCCAAGUUUUUGAAUCCCUCAGUGACGAGGAUAAAAAUUCAAUUCUAGAAGAGCUUAAAGGCUACCUAAAAAUCAUACGAGGGUGGUCAAGUCCCUGGGGUGGGCAAAGAAUUUGCUCUCUUCGAGGUACCUCGAUAAGGAGUGUCCGCCUUCCCGGUCAUUUUGCUGGUCCAUUUGAGUCAGAGGCAGAUUUCAAUGAGUACCUCAUACGGCCUGCUUGGUCGGGUGGUUUCUCAUCAGACACGGAAUACAAAGAUGCACUCAAUCGCGUCAAAGUGAUGGGAAGCUUGCCUCAUCGCGUUGUUUUUACCCACGGAGAUUUAAAGCACCAUAACAUUCUGGUACAAGGGGGCAAGAUCACCGGAUUUUUGGAUUGGGAAUCGGCAGGCUGGUACCCUGAAUAUUGGGACUUCACUACUGCUUUGAGGUUCACGCAGGAGGAUUUUUGGGUGGUACAGCUUUGUGAUCAAACUCGGUGGAGACUCAUAUUUGGCAGAGAUGGAUUGUGA